GCGCGAGCGGGAGGCAGAGACCCGCGGACCCGCGGAGCCGGAGCCCGAGCCCGGGAGGCGGGGCGCGCCGCGCACGGCCCCAAGCCCAGGCCCGCGGGCACCGCGCCCGUCCCCGCGCGCGCUCGGCCCGGCCGCCAGGUGAGCAGCCGCGCCGCGCCCGCAGUCGCCGGCCCCGCCGACCGACCGGCAGCCCAGCCGUCGCCUCCGCCUCCGCCGGCGCAUCGCGGACGCCCAGCAGGAAUGAGGGGAGAUUCUUACUUCAUUGGGAUGAGGAGCCUGGGGCAGCAGGGGCACAUCCCAGAAGAUGGAGGACUCUUCUUGCUCUGCUGCAUAGACAGAGAUUGGGCUGUGACUCAGUGUUUCACGGAGGAGGCCUUUCAAGCAAUCACAGACUUCAACGACCUCCCCAACUCACUGUUUGCAUGCAACGUCCACCAGUCAGUGUUUGAAGGGGAAGAGAGCAAGGAAAAAUUUGAAGGUCUGUUCCGGACUUAUGAUGACUGUGUGACGUUCCAGCUAUUUAAGAGUUUCAGACGUGUCCGAAUAAACUUCAGCAAUCCCAAAUCUGCAGCUCGAGCCAGGAUAGAGCUUCAUGAAACCCAGUUCAGAGGGAAAAAAUUAAAACUCUACUUUGCACAGGUUCAGACUCCAGAGACAGACGGAGACAAACUGCAUUUGGCUCCACCACAGCCCGCCAAACAGUUUCUCAUCUCACCCCCUGCCUCUCCUCCCGUCGGCUGGCAGCCCAUCAGCGAUGCCACGCCAGUCCUUAACUACGACCUCCUCUAUGCCGUGGCCAAACUAGGACCAGGAGAGAAGUAUGAGCUCCACGCAGGGACUGAGUCCACCCCAAGUGUCGUUGUGCAUGUGUGUGACAGUGACAUAGAGGAAGAAGAGGAUCCAAAGACAUCCCCAAAGCCCAAAAUCAUCCAGACGCGACGUCCCGGCCCGCCGCCCUCCGUGUCCAACUGAGCUCUCUGCUCCAUCUUGGAGAGAACAUCCGUCUCCUCUUUAUCGUGCUUUUUUCCCCCCUGUUGUUUGUUUGUCAAAAAAAAAAAUAAUUGCCUUUAAAUCCCUGGGUGUUUGGUUGUUUGAGAUUCCUUCCUUGUAAUUAAGCCUCUCGGACAAAAGGGCUAGGAAAAGGUGAUAUGCUUCCUGAUCAUAUCAUACCCAUCACAUAUAAUCCAUUAUUUAGAAGGUUCUAGG